AUGGAGCAAGACACCCCUGUGCAGAGCAUGAACGGGGCCGCUGUAUCUGCGUCGAAAUCUACUACCUGGCUUGGCCGUCAGGGAGCUGCUGCCUUUGACCUGCGGAGCGACACUCAGACAACGCCAACACUGGAGAUGCUGAGAGCUAUCGAAGUCACGACUCUAGACGAUGAUGUAUAUCAUGAAGACCGCACGACUAUAGAUCUCGAGGACCACAUAGCGGCGUUGACAGGAAAGGAAGCCGCUCUCUUUGUCGUCUCUGGGAGCAUGGGCAACCAAUUGGCCCUCCGAUCCUUACUUACACAGCCACCACAUGGUGUGCUCUGUGAUCAUCGUUCCCACGUCAACAGAUAUGAAGCGGGAGGUGUUGCAUCGCUUUCUGGCGCCAUGGUCGAGGCAGUAGUCCCCAAGAAUGGCGUACACUUGACUUUGGAGGAUGUCAAGGAGAACGUGUGCCUUGGCGAUGAUGUCCACGUCUGCCCCACCAAAGUCAUUAGCUUAGAGAACACCCUGGCUGGUAUGAUCAUGCCACUUGACGAAGUCAAGAGGAUAUCUGCUUUUGCGAGGGAAAACAACAUAAAGAUGCACCUAGACGGUGCCCGCCUGUGGGAGGUUGCGUCUUCUGGCGGCGGUUCACUGGAUAGUUUCGCCGCCUGCUUCGACACGGUGAACCUGUGCUUCUCGAAAGGUCUUGGCGCCCCAAUUGGCUCCAUCAUUGUUGGCUCUAAAGACGUGAUCAAACACGCUCGGUGGAUGCGGAAAGCAAUUGGUGGAGGACUUCGUCAAUCCGGCGUUGUCACGGCCGCUGCCAGGGUCGGCGUCGAUACCACCUUUGGGAAGGGCCCGAACGGCGAGGGCGGGCUCUUGAAGACCUCACACGCCAUGGCGAAGCGUGUUGAGAAGAUCUGGACAGAUCUCGGGGGCAAGAUGCUGUACCCGGUUCACACCAACAUGCUCUGGCUCGAUUUAGAAUCCAUGAACUGCAGUGGCAGCAGAUUGAACGCGCUAGGAGCCGAGCAGGGGCUGAAGCUGUCAGGAAACCGCAUCAUCACCCAUUACCAGGUGGGCGAGGAGGCUAUUCAGCGCUUGACUAAUGUCUUCCAGAAGGUGGCAGAGGAAAAGACAAAUGGCCACGAUCUCAAGCGGAAGGGCGAUGACAUGGAGAGCGGCAUCUACAAAAAGUGA